AAUAUGAGUUUAAUUGGACAACACCACACAAUCGUCAACAACAACAAUUAAAUUUUUCAGAAUCGCAACUGCAAUCUUAUCAACCAAAUUUUUCAGAAUCGCAACUGCAAUCUCAUCAACUAAAGCCAAAAUCGCGACAUCAUUA